CAGGAAAUUUAAACGUAUUCAGUAAUUACUAAGGCUUGAUGAGGAAAGUUAACCGCUGGAACCUUAAAAUGUCAAUUUGACGUCACGUGUUUAUUCCAAACUUUCAUUUUCAACUGAUAUAUUCACAAAGCUCCGCAAUCAUCGUUUCGGCGUCGCUACUCGCGGGAAAGACUGUGGUCGCUUUUUUAUUUCAAGCCUUGAUAAAGUGAAAAUUUACCACUGACUUUUAGCGAUAAUGCAGAACGGACACGACCAGGGAAUUUCCUCGACCGUAAAACUGAAUGUCGGCGGUCAUUUCUUUACUACAAGUCGACAAACACUAACCAAAGAUCCAAACUCAAUGCUAGCCAUUAUGUUUUCGGGAAAAUUUGACAUGAAACCUAGUGAAGACGGUACUAUGUUCAUUGACCGAGAUGGAACUCACUUUCGAUUUAUACUCAAUUACCUUCGCAGUGGAAAAUUAACAUUACCUGAAGGAAGCACAGCUCUGAAGGAACUGAUGGAGGAGGCUGAGUUUUACCAGAUCCAGGGAAUUCUUGAUGAAUUAAAGUCCGUGACAGAUAAUUUAACGAUCGUGAAACUGAAUGUUGGCGGCCAUCACUUCACAACAAGUCUCCAAACGCUGAAGAAAGAUCCAAAGUCAAGAUUGUGCGCCAUGUUUUCAGGUGAACAUGUAAACAACAGCACCUUCAUCAUUGACAGAGAUGGAACACACUUCCGUUACAUACUCAAUUAUCUUCGUGAUGGAGAUGCGAGGUUACCGGAGGAUGAAUCUGCACUGAAAGAGCUCGAAGCCGAAGCACAGUUCUACCAGGUUGAAGGGAUACUAAUGAAAUUGAGCGUUAUGUCGGAGAUAAUAACGAAUGAGGAACACACAGCCAAGCUGCUUAGUUUCCUACCCUUGCUUGACUCAAGGAGGAAGCGACAUCACCUUCGUCUACUGUUCCGAGCUUCUCGCGAUGGCUUCUUCGCCAAAACCUUUCACUCCAUGUGUGACAACAAAGGACCUACUGUUACCAUUGUGCGGAGUGGAGAAAAUAUAUUUGGAGGUUUUACAGAACAGUCUUGGAAUAGUGAUGGUGAUUAUGCAAGAUGUUCAAAAUCAUUCUUGUUCACUCUGGUCAACCCACAAGGCCUGGAACCAACUAAAAUGCCAAUUACUACUGAUGGCCAAAAGUACGGCAUCUGCUGUUACAGUGAAUAUGGACCAACAUUUGGUAGAGGUCUUUAUGGCGGGUAUGCUUUGAAAAUUUCCGACCAUGCAAAUGUGCGCAGCAGUGACUUUGGUAUCAGUGACUCCUAUGAUUUUCAUCAAGAUUUCCGUACUUUCUUUACAGGGAAAACACAGUUUCUUGUGAGUGAUUAUGAAGUCUUUUCGCUCGUGAACUAGCAUGUAGCAAUUGAUGGCUUGGGUGUUUCUUUUAACCUUUUGACCCUUGAGGGUGAUUAGCAUUUAAUUUCUCCCUACAAUUCACCCCCUGAAUCACAAAUUAAGGUCACGAGAUUAAAGGAAAUGAUCACCAAGUAAAGAAGCUCUCGAUUUUGAGAGAAAUUCUCCUUGUCAGCACCUUAGGAAAUGUUUAGAGAACAGUAUGGAGAAUUUGUACACUGAUAUUAGGGUGUAAAGGUUUAAUGAGUUACUUUUCCUUUAUCUAGUGCUUUUGCAGGGGGUAAAUAACAGAAAAAGGAAGAGUGGAGUUAUAGGUCCAAAGAGGUGUAGAAAAUUAUAAGUAGAUAAAUAUUAUGCUAAGGUUUUUUUUUCCUUCAUCAUGAUAAUAUUCAAGUAUUUGACUUUUCAACAGCAUGCUGAUAUUCUACUUCAUGUAAUAACACUUGCAAGCCUGUUAUAGACUAGGGCUGGGUUGUUUGAAGCUGGGUUAAGAUAACCCAGGGUUAGUGUGAAAUCAGAUUUCACAUCUGAAAGUUUUAUAAAAAAUUCAGCAUGAAUUUUUUUGUCUGCUGUUUGAUGAUUGGAUGCUCUAAAAAGAAGAGAGAAAAUUAUCCAAAAAAGGCUUUUGAACAAAGGAGUAAAGAUGCUGGGAUUAAAAUGUAACCUUGGAUUAGCACUAAUUGGCCUUCAAACAACUGGGCUCUGCAGUCCAUUUGAGACACCUUAUGUAGCCGCAAGGUCUUAGUUUUCUGAAUCCAUUAACCCUUUAACUUGAAUGAGUGACCAACAAAGAAUUUCUCCUUACAGGAUCAAUACAAUAUCAAGCAGACUAGUGAUGAGAAAUAAGAAAUAAAAGUAAUAAAAAUUUUAAGUAGAUAAAUAUUAUGCUAAGGUUUUUUUUUCUUCAUCAUGACAAUAAUCAAGUAUUUGACUUUUUAACUUAUAGCAUACUGGUAUUCUACUUCAUGCGAUAACAUUGGCAAGCCUGUUAUAGACAAGGACCACGUUGUUUGAAGCUGGGUUGAGAUAAACCAGGGUUAGUUUGAAAUUGGAUUUCACAUCUAAAAGCUGUAUAAGAAAAUUCAGUAUGAUUUUUUUUUGUCUUCUGUUUGAUGAUUGAAUGCUCUAAAAA